AUAAACAUUCUUAGUGCUGGAAGCUUAACUCAAGUGUCCAAAUAUAUUAUCUGUUUAUGUGAAAACAAAAAAAGAAAUCGUUAAAAGUAAAAGCAAAUAAUACUGAAAACAAAAGAGGAGAAAGAUAAAUCCCUUUCGGCUUGAAUGACGUACAACGCCAAACAGACGAUUCCAGCCUGAAAAAAACGAAAAGAAAAAGGCGACAGCAACCAAUCAGAACAUGGCGAUGCAGGUUGGUCUCUCCAGCUCUAAAGUUCUCAUCCUCGCCGGUGCAGGUUUGACUGGUUCAAUUAUUCUAAACAAUGGACGAUUAUCUGAACUCCUUGCUCAGCUUCAUGAAUUACUUAAGGGUGUUAAUGAAGUUGAGAUUUCACCCUACAAAUAUGAUAGUGCACUUCUUGCUGCUCAGAUUCGUCAGUUGGCACAAGAGAUUAAGGAGUUAACAUUUUCCAACCCCGUGACCAUCUAUAAUGGGAAUUCUUCAUCUAGUGGGGGUUUUGCAUCUUAUUUAGUGCCAGCUGCUGCACUGGGAGCAAUGGGAUAUUGUUACAUGUGGUGGAAGGGCUUGUCAUUUUCUGAUGUAAUGUUUGUCACAAAGAAAAACAUGGCAAAUGCCGUUGCAACUGUGUCUAAACAGUUAGACAAUGUAUCGGAAACAUUGGCUUCAACAAAGAGACAUCUGACAAAGAGGCUGGAAAACUUGGAUUGGAAGAUGGAGGAGCAGAUAGAAACAUCCAAGCUCAUUGCAAAUGAUGUAGAUGAGAUGAAAACAAAUCUUUCCCAAAUUGGGUUUGACGUUGAGAUGAUCCAACAAAUGAUAUCAGGGCUGGAAGGAAAGCUUGAGCUUCUUGAGAGCAAACAGGACAUAACAAACUCAGGUCUUUCAUAUCUGUGCCAGUUUGCUGAAGGCUUCAAAGAUGGGCAUGGUGCACCAUUUAUUCAGGAUGUUGGUGCUAAGGUGGCAAACCAUUCAACAAUUACAUAUGAGGAGAGGUCUCUCAAGGGCCUUCUAUUUAGCGCCGAAUCUGCAGAGUUGAAUACGAUUGACAAAUCAGUAGAACAUGUGAAGAAAAGUGAAGUUGAAAACUUACCCAGUGAGAAAAUCAAGACCAUGAAACCAAGAAUACACAGGUCAUAUCCAGUUGGGCUGUCGUUGACUCGCGACUUACUGGGUUCUGGCAUAUAAUUAUUCAGUUCUGUACUUCAUAUAUGCGGAUUUUGUUGCCCCUGUGGUAGUGUUUGCAUUCAUUUCCAUGCUUAUGCGUGGUGCGAUUUUUAGAUUGAUGACUUGAUUCAUCAUUCAAACAUGUGAUAUAGAUGUAGAUUAUUAUAGGCGAUGUGAUGUUUCCUUGGCUGCCAAAGAAAGCAUACAGGGAGUAUAUUUUGUUGUAACUACAAAGUCAUUGCUGUACAAUUACAGAAUAAAAAAAGAAAUUAGUCAUUUGAUUGCUGAAUA